AUGCUCGAAGAUCAAUUAUAUGUCGCUUGUUGUCUUCUGGCGGCGAAAGCCGACCUUUCGCGGGUCAAAAAGUUGAUUUUGGGUCAAGAUCGAGUAGAACAGGUGGAAAUCUUGAAGAUCGUAUGUGUUCUGUGGCCAGAGCUAGAUGACCCUCUUCAGUUUAUUGAUAUUUUGAAAAGCCUUGAGAAAUCCAGGAUUAAUGAACUGGGCAUCUUAGAGUCCUUGGUUAGCGGUGAUCGAGAGACGAUGGCUGUGGUGGAGUCAAGUCCUGAUAUCUUGUCUGAACGAAAGAGAACUUUGAAGCAGCAUGUUGACUAUCAGCUUCAAAAAAUAGCUGGUAUCAGUAUAGAAAGCUGCAAUUGGCAAUUUACGUUUCUCCAGGCCCGAAUUUUGAUUUGCAAUGCGGUCGUGGAUGACCCACUGUUCUACAGACCACUUUUCUCCCGCCUAAGUGCGGACCAGUAUCCAGAAUUCAUGAAGUGGGUAUCAGGUAUAAUCAAGCCUCUGGCACAUUUCUGCAACCGGUCUAUUUUGCAAUUUUCCAUCGCCGAAUUCGAAUCUCUUUCCACGUCUAAGGCUUUGACCGUCCUUUGGGAAUCGCUUGAAGUCGUGGAAGAGUCGAAGUUUCGUGGAGCUCUGAAUUAUGAAGUCCUGCCAUUUUUGGCCUACGUCGAUGGAUACAAUGAGCUCUUGGCGGUCGUCUUUAACGCAAAGAACUUCCCUCUGGACUCUAUUUCGAAUUUCAAUCGAUACAAAGUUCUAUCUUUCGAACUGGUCAAAAUGCUUCCGACAAAAUUCAAAACGGCUUUUCAGAGGGAGGCUAUUACGAUUCUUUACGAAAACGGGGAUUCUCUCUCAAAGGUUCAAGAGAUCGACUUACGUGCUGAGCACUGUUUGCUCUUGUCCUCCAUCGAGGGAAACAUCACAUUACAGAAUGGGCUCGAUGUCAAAACGCUUAAAUUGUAUGCUCAAAGCAUGGAUCUGCUGCAUAUUUUCAACCUCAAUGAUAUACAUAAGCUGACACAAGAUUCUGAGCUGGUACAAAAAUCGUUCUUUUCUACCAUGUGCAAACAGUCACUUGGAGCCCACGGAUCCCACAUUAUGCUCGAAAAUGUAGGGACAUUUGUCCAAAGCGAUCCGAUCUUCAACAAACUCGAUUCCAACACCAAAAAACUCAUAAUUGUUGAAUCACUUCUAGACGGAGGCCACCUUGACAUGUUGCAGCAAUUUGCCGAGAACUCCAAGAUCGAGUUGGAAGAUAAUUUCUUACUCAGUUUUUUCUGGAGAUUCUUCAACUCGGCGUCCAACGGACGCCACAACAGACCGGAUAUGUUGAACGCCAGAAGAAUACUGGAACUUCUCCCGACAGACCAGUACCAGCAUCUUGCAGACCUCCUACAAAUCACUGAUAAGCUUUCAUACUAUUCACUCAGUUUCUCCAAGGGUAUUCCAUUCAGACCUUCCGUCCUCCUGGAGUUCAAGUCUGAGCCAUAUGAGAUUAUUUCAAAGCUCUUGGAGCUGAACAAUGAACUUUACAAGAGAACUGAAGAGACGUUUGAAAUCCUUAAGCAAUUGUAUUCGGGGUUACAGUUAAAACCAACGUCUCCAGGAUUCGAUGACGAGUACACCAGGAUAUUGGCGUUACAUAUCGACUUUGCUCUGGCUAACUCUGAUUUCGAAUAUGCAUUCGCCGAAACCAAGAGUCUUCUCGAAAGAACAGGUUGCGAUCAAUUUUGGUCGACUAUACUACAAGUGGGGAAAUUUUUUGAUCCUUCUUGGCCUAAUAGUGAAAUACCGACAGAGAUUAUUUAUUUGCAACUAGAAAUUCUUGGAAGUUUGUUGCACAUUUGCCCGGAAGACGAAGUGGAGGCAGUUAUAUCACAGUGGAGUGCGCUAGAGUCCGAAUUGUCGACCAGAGAUCUGGUCGAGGACCAAUAUUCGCUUUUAAAUGGGAAACCGAGUGAAUUCAAAACUAAAGUCAUUGAAGAGGUGUCGACAAGCGCGUCAAAUUUUCUCUCCGGUGGUACUCGGUGGAUUAUGGGUGCUGGUUUGUAA